AUGGACGCCUCCCUCCUCCUCUCCGUCGCGCUCGCGGCGGUGCUGAUCCCGCUCUCGCUCGCGCUCCUCAACCGGCUCCGCCUCGGCCGCCUGCCGCCGGGCCCGCGGCCGUGGCCCGUCCUGGGCAACCUGCGCCAGAUCAAGCCGAUCCGGUGCCGCUGCUUCCAGGAGUGGGCGGAGCGGUAUGGGCCCGUCAUCUCCGUCUGGUUCGGGUCCGGCCUCACCGUCGUCGUCUCCACCUCGGAGCUCGCCAAGGAGGUGCUCAAGGAGAAUGACCAGCAGCUCGCGGACCGGCCGCGGAACCGCUCCACCCAGCGGUUCAGCCGCAACGGGCAGGACCUGAUCUGGGCCGACUACGGCCCGCACUACAUCAAGGUGCGCAAGCUCUGCAACCUCGAGCUCUUCACGCCCAAGAGGCUCGAGGCGCUGCGCCCCAUCCGGGAGGACGAGGUCACCGCCAUGGUCGAGUCCGUCCACCACGCCGCCACUGCCCCGGGUAAUGAAGGAAAGCCAAUGGUAGUGCGGAACCACCUUUCUAUGGUGGCCUUCAACAACAUAACAAGGCUGGCAUUUGGGAAACGAUUCAUGAAUGCAAACGGUGACAUUGACGAACAAGGGCGUGAGUUUAAGACUAUUGUGAACAAUGGGAUCAAGAUUGGUGCAUCUCUCUCUGUUGCUGAGUUUAUUUGGUAUUUGAGAUGGUUGUGUCCACUUAAUGAGGAGCUUUACAAAACUCACAAUGAGAGAAGGGACCGCCUGACAAUGAAGAUCAUUGAUGAGCACGCUAAGUCUCUCAAGGAGAGUGGUGCCAAGCAGCACUUUGUGGAUGCACUCUUCACCCUCAAAGAACAGUAUGACCUUAGUGAAGACACAGUUAUUGGACUUCUAUGGGACAUGAUCACUGCUGGAAUGGACACAACCGUCAUCUCCGUCGAGUGGGCAAUGGCAGAGCUGGUUAGGAACCCCAGGGUGCAGAAGAAGCUGCAAGAGGAGCUCGACCGUGUGGCCGUUGUCAAGGAGUCGCUCCGGCUGCACCCGCCGACGCCACUCAUGCUCCCCCACAAGGCCAGCACGAAUGUCAAGAUCGGUGGCUACGACAUCCCCAAGGGCGCCAACGUGAUGGUGAACGUGUGGGCGGUGGCGCGUGAUCCCAAGGUCUGGAGCAAUCCGCUGGAGUACAGGCCGGAGCGCUUCCUGGAGGAGAACAUCGACAUCAAGGGCAGCGACUUCAGGGUGCUGCCGUUCGGUGCCGGCCGGCGUGUAUGCCCUGGUGCGCAGCUCGGCAUCAACCUCGUGGCCUCCAUGAUCGGGCACCUUCUGCACCACUUCGAGUGGUCCCUGCCUGAAGGCACCAGACCGGAGGACGUUAACAUGAUGGAGUCCCCCGGGCUCGUCACGUUCAUGGGCACACCGCUGCGAGCUGUCGCCAAGCCGCGCCUGGAGGAGGAGGAGCUGUACAAUAGGGUCCCCGUUGAGAUGUGA